AUGACUGACACGCGUAAGGCGCCCCGCUCGUCCGAGGCUUCGAAGAAGAAGCAAGAACUCGACGCCAAGAGAGACACUGACUUGCAUCACACUGGAAAUGCAACGUCCAACCAAGCCGAGCAAGAUCCAAAUGAAAGCUUGAAGCUUCUUACCGACUUGAUGCCAACGACUAUCAUGUGUUCUACACCAACAGAAGAACUUCCUGGACCUGCCAAGAGGAAAAAGGCGGACGAGACAACCCCGAACUCGUCAGCUAGCGAAAACCGACACAAGAAGUCCCGCCCCAUCGCCGAUGAGGAGGGAUUCAUUCCAGCCACUCGGACGGCUCCUGCCCGAAAGAUCACGAGUGCUGCUCCCAUAUCAACAAACAACUCUUUCGCCGCUAUGGACGCCGAACCAACCGACCAAAGUGACACCUUGGCUACCACGGCCCAGACUUCUACAAAAGCACAGAAACCUCCUUCCAUCAUCAUUGAAUUCAAGGAGCCGUAUACGAUACUAUUGCAAACUAUUAAGGGCCUUCUUUGCAACCCUUUUCAAUUCAGAACAGCUGCGUCGCUGGCAUACGCUUCCCACGGGUCCUUCUCGGGCUGGUCCGGUACGACUGUUCCAACCCUUCAGUCCGAGGAUUCGCCAAUUCCACUCACCGCAGACGAGGGCUCGUGGCUCGCGUCCGUCAACUCGCUGACCAUGCCGGUGUCCAUAUUCGCCACCGCCUACCUCGUCGACGUGCUGGGGCGGAAGAAACUGCUGCUACUCAGCGCUGUCCCGCUCCUCGCCUGGUGGGUGAUAGUCGCCUUCGCAGACUCCUUCGGGAUGCUGCUCGCCGGCAGAAUCGUCGGGAGCCUGGGCAGUGGUAUCGUCCUCACGGUGAUACCCAUGUACCUCGGCGAGAUCGCCGACACUGACAUACGGGGCACGUCGGUAGCAAUCCACUCAGUGCUGCUGCAGGGCGGUAGUCUCUUCAGUUACUGCAUAGGGCCCUACGUGUCUGUUACGACCGCAGCAAUUAUCUGCUGUUCUCUUCCCAUCUUUUUCGUCAUCACCUUCAUCUGGAUGCCAGAAUCUCCGUAUUUCUUCCUGAUUCGCAACAGGGAACAAGAAGCGGUAAAGUCCCUCACAAGACUGAAGGGACAACUAGAUCCACAGGAGAUGGACUCAGAACUGGUGGAAAUGCGCAAGACCCUACGUCGCAAGCAAGAAACUAAAGGGAAGCUGAAAGACGUGUUGGUAGUACCUGUGCAUCGCAGAACGUUACUUUUAAUGAUAGGUUUCAUUGUCUUGCGCAUGUCCAGUGGAUCGGUGGCGUUUUCGGCCUAUACGACGCAAAUAUUUGAGCGAAGCGGAAGCGGCCUCGACGCCGACAUAUCGUCCAUCAUUCUCGUGUCCGUCCAGUUGCUGGCGAGCCUCGGGGCGUCGCUCAUAAUCGACCGCAUUGGUCGCCGGACGCUCUGCAUUGUCUCGUUCGUGCUGUGCGCCGUUUGCCUGGCGGCCGAGGGGGCCUACUUCUACCUGGACGAGCUGCACGGCGACGUGGACGCCGCGCUGGACUGGGCGCCGCUCGCCGCGAUGAUUGGCUACCACUUUUCCUACGAUAUUGGCGCGGGAGCGGUGCUAUAUCCGUUAAUCGGCGAGAUAUACCAUUUGUCCGUCAAAGCAGUGGCCACAUCCAUCAACACCACCAUCGUGUCACUGUACGGCUUCUUCCUGAAGAAGAUGUUCCAGGUGGUGUCGGACAGCGUGGGCGCCUAUUGGUCCUUCUGGGGCUUCGCCGUGCUCAACCUGUGCGCUACACUGUACACGUAUUUUCUGAUGCCUGAGACCAAGGGCAAAACUUUCGCACAGAUUAAUGAAGAAAUGGACGCUCGUGUCAACAGGCGAACUGCCAGAGUUCCCACUCGUACUGAGAAGUCAGCUCUCGGAUGA